CGAUAAUUAAAAACGUUUAAUCUUGAUUUGAGAUUAAUGAAAAAUUUAUUUUACUCUUUGAAAUUUUGUAAGACUUGAUUUGCCUUUGAAAUUAAGGGUGUAGAAAUAAUUGGACUGAAUAGAAAUGAAAUAGGAACUUAAUUAUCAAAAAGGUCAACUGUUGAGGAUUGUAAUAUAUAUCAUGACUUUAGAAAAAUUGUUGAUAAUAUCAAUGGACACUUUGAGAAUAUAUAUAUCAGUCUUUUCCAAAUUCUGUUCAAAAAAAAAAAAAAAAAGAAAAAGUAAUUGAAAUACCAUGGUCACUCAGUGUUAAGAACCUGACUAAGGAAGGUUAUAAUAAACAACUUGAAUGCACAGUUUUUAUUUAUUGAUUAACGAUGGAAUAUGACAAAGAAGAAAAAUGUCGACUUUGUAUGUCUUAUGAUAUAACUGAAGAGUCUAUUUUCGAUACUAGAGAGGAUGGGGUUUCUUUAAGUGCCAAAAUAAUGAUAUGCACUUCUCUGAUGGUGUCACCAGAGGAUCAGUAUUCCAAGUAUAUAUGCAGUAAUUGUGCAGAUAUGUUGGAUCUCUUCUUCCAUUUUAGAAAUACUUGUUUUAAAACUUAUAUGACAAUGUACUCUGAUCUUGGUGAAUUUAAAUUAGAAGAUGAUGCGACUAUUGAUAUCCAAGAUGAUCCGCCAGAGUUUGAAGAUGAUUAUGAUUCUGAGAAGUUCAGAAUAAAAGAUUCAAUGUGUUCUUUUCGAAAUAAAGAAGAUGAUAAUUGCACUGAAAAUCCCGAUGACUUAGGAAUUGAUAAAGUUGUAUCUGAAGAAGUUGUAUUUGAUGAUCGGGAAACAAAUGAAAUGUUUACUGCGAAGCAGUUCCAAGUAGGCUGUUAUGUAUCAUUGAAUGGUAAAGAACCAGAAAACGAAGAAACCAACUUGAUGAGAAGGGAUUUGAUUAAUACUGAUCAAUCUGAUGAGAAUAUGAUUUUCGACGAAGAAAUAGUCGAGGAGUCUGGAAAUGAUGAAGAAGGUGAAUCUGUCAAGAAAAGCAACAAGGCUAAAGAAUUCUGCUGUGAAACUUGUGGUCAAGUAUUUAAACAACUUUGGCUUCUCACGAGGCAUAUUCAAGUGAAGCACAUCAGGGUCCGUCAGCCAUUUAUAAAAGCAAUGCUGAUUAUCGGAGGCGGAGUCAGUGGUUUAGCUGCUGCUCAUUAUUUACUGAAAUCUGGAGUCAAGGAAAUAAAUAUCUUAGAAGCGAGCAACAGGCUUGGAGGUUGGGUUCGGUCGAUCAAAGAUCCGAAAACUGGACUCGUCUUUGAAAAAGGGCCUCGAACUCUAAGAGUGAAUACUCCAUCUGCCCUUAACACACUGACGCUAAUCGAAGAACUUGGAAUAGAAUCGAAGAUCAAACCUGUCCUCAAGGACAGCCCUGCUUCAAAGAACCGGUUAAUCUACGUCAACAAUAAAUUACACCCCCUACCAACUGACUUAAUGAGCAUUUUUAAGAAGGUGCCACCAUUUUCAAAGCCUAUGUAUUAUGCUAUCUUCAGAGACUUAUUAACACCAAGGAAAACUUGUUCUGAUGAUAAUAUAUAUGAUUUUGUAUCUCGAAGAUUUGGAAACGAAAUUGCCAAUUAUCUCAUAAGCUCAUUGAUAUGCGGUAUAUGUGCUGGAGAUGCCAAAGAGAUAAGUGUAAAGCUUCUAAUGCCUAUGCUGUUUGAAUAUGAGCAGAGUCACGGCUCCGUUCUAAAAGGAAUGAUUUCAAGAAUCAUGAAAGAUUCAAAGAAAAAAAUAGAAAAUGUUAUUCCAGAAGAUAAUUUAAUUACAAAAGCGAUGAAAGAACAUUGGAACGUUUACGGUUUAGAAGGAGGUUUAAGUAUCCUACCUAAUAAUUUACUUGAAUCUAUAACUAAACAAGGCACAAAUGUAAAGUUGGACACAAAAGUUACAGAGCUGUCCUUUAAAGAAGGUGUUGUAAAAUGCAAAGUUGGAAAUGAAGAAAUCAUAUCUAAGCAUGUAUUCAGUUCUUUGUCUGCUAAACAUUUAGCACCAUUGUUGAGCAAAGAACAUCCAAAAUUGGCGGCAGAUCUAGCUAGUAUCCCAUGUGUAACAGUAUGCGUAGUGAAUCUAGCAUAUAAAGGCAACGUAAUAGAUCAUAAUGCUUUUGGAUUUUUAGUGCCGCCAUCUCAGAAAAUCCCAUUAUUAGGCGUAAUUUUUGAUACAUGCAGCUUUCCUCAGGAAGAUUGGACAGUAUUAACAGCGAUGGUAGGCGGAAAAUGGUUCGAUGAACAAAUAGGAAAAAAGAGUGAAGAAGAAAUUCUAGAUUUAGUGGCUUCUCAAAUAAAAUCUAUUUUAGGUGUUAAAACAGAUCCAGAGAGUUAUCAUGUAUCAAUUAUGAAAGACUGCAUAGCUCAAUAUGUUGUCGGCCAUCAUGAAAAGGUACAAAACAUAUUUUCUUAUAUUAAGCAAAAUAAGUUGCCUCUUUCGUUAGUAGGGGCGUCCUAUAAAGGCGUUGGAGUAAAUGAUGCAAUACUUUCGUCAAAAACAGGAGUUGAAGAAUUAAUGAAAGAUUUCAAUCUGUGAUUGUACAAUAAAUAAUUUUAAUAUUUAA